GCGCUGAAACCAACACCGAAAUAGUGAAAAUGUGCAACAUGCAUCUCUCUGGCUCAAGGAUGAUAGCAGUCUUGCUAGGUUACCUAGUAGCCCAAACUAAGGCUUAUCCCAUGCAAGGAUGGCCGGUGUACGCACAAGCGCCUAGAGAAUACCCGGAUGACCCUGAUUACUACUAUGCCCCUAAAGUGCAAUAUUACUACGACGCACCAGCCAUGAGUGUACCUGAAACAUAUGGCCAAAUUCCGUACUCUUACUUCUACGAUCCUUAUGGCCAUUUCGCAAAUGAAGCUCCUAAGAGGCAAGAAGAGAGACUAGCAGCUCUUCCAAUCGGACAAGAGACAUGGUUCGAGAGCGACUCCACACCGCAUUGGCGAGAGAACGACGUCGAUGACGUCAGUGCAGCUUUUCUGGACAAUUUGAUCCUUACGCAAAUGGCCCAAGAUGCACAGAGACGCCGCGAAAAUGCCCGCGCUGCCUUUCCGAUUGUUGACUAUGAAGAAAGAGAUACCGAAGACGAGGAUGUUAGAGAACUGAAAGCUCUUGCUGGAAAACCUCUUUACCAUAUACCUAAAACUGUACCCCGAAUCGAAGACGACGACUAUGUAAAUGAUGAUGGCUUUAUCAACUGGAACGGAAACAAAAGAAGUGUAACUACAGUCGCGCCAGUUAUUAGUACUUUGAAACCCAAAGCAGGCCAGAAGGAAGUAAUCAUGCCUGGGUCGGCGCCAGUUUCCACCCCAAGGAAUCGCCAAGAGCAGCAGAACAAAAGAAGCGAAGCUAAAUUCUACGAUACUAUUGCGCAACUACUGACAAACAACGCGAAGAAUGCACACGUACAGGAUACAACGAAAGCUCGGAGAAUCGACAAACGUUUUGUGGCGGGAGACACCGAUCUUGUAAUGGAACUGCGAGGCCUGAAACAUCGCAUCCGCACUUAAAGAGAAGAUCCGAAUUUCGCCAACAAACAUGAGACUGAGUACUAAGUAUAUAGACUAUAUAGAUAACUUUGGCAACAGCGACACUGUGGACUAGCCGAGCAGGCAAUGAAAAUAAUAAGUCUUACAAGGCUUUACUAUUACAAUAUUAUUCGUAUCCAUCGCAUAAAAAUAUUUCCAUUUAGUAUAUUAACUGUUUUAUCGCCCACUUCGUCAUCCAUCAUGCCAUUUGUGAAAGUAUCUUGAUGGUAACCAAACUUCUUUUGCGAAGUUAAACGUGUAUAUCAGAUCUUUUUGAAUCUUUACUAUAAUUAAUUAAUUUCUAUAGUGAUUGAUAAAUUGUCGUAGACAUAACGUCCUACGAGCUAUGAGCUACGCGCUACGAGUGUAAAUGAUCGUACAAAAUGUGACUAUAAUAUCCAAACGGAGGACUUGUUGUUUGGUAUGCAUGAUAGUUUAAUUAAAGACGUUGCUCCUUCAUUUGGCAGCUAAAUAUCGCACAUCACGUGCAUUUGUAAAUAUUUGUAGGUAUGAUUGUUUAAGACUUAAUUUAGAUAGAAAUUAAAAAUACAUCAACUUAUAAGUACAUCAACGUUAUAAAAGGAUUUUGACAGAAAAUGCAAAUUACUUCAAUUUCAUUAUAUCGUAUUUGUAAUUUACGUAGAUAUAAAGUAUUUUAGUUCAAAAUUUAUUACGAUUUGUUUAAUUUCUUCAUGGAUAGGAAAGGAAAAGAAAUAUCGGAGAAUCAAAAUGAAGCUUUCGUAACUUUUUCUACAGUUCAUUGAUCAAAUAUUCAUUCCAAACGCGUUUUUAUCAAGACUUUUAUUUAUUGUCUUCUACAAUACGCUCUAGUGUAAAUUUUCUCAGGUGCUAAGCAUUUGUUUAACUUACGACGGUCUAAAUAGACAAUACCAUGAAAUUUUUUGCAUAGCAAAAGCCUAUAGCACAUUGUGUAGAUACCUAUUUGUAUUUAAGAAACUAAACAAUUCUCUCGGAAAGAAGAGGAUUAAGUGAUAUUUUAGCUUUACAGCUUCUCGUCUGAUACAUUUUAUACCGCAAUUGGUCUAAAAGACUUAUAAUUUUUUUUAAAUUAAUAAUUGCGUCCUCAUGCCCAUCCCAUUGGCAUUAAAACACACUUUCUUACGCUUUUCGAAUUGACUUUUUGUACUUCAUUUCAACUUUUGCUACUAUAACCAGUUGUGACUUUCCUCUUUCUAGUUUCGGUACUGUUUUUAAUAUUAAACCCUUAGAAAACGUAUCUUUCGAAAAGUACAUAUCUGUUUAUAAUAAUGUCAAAUUACUUAACAACCCUUCUGUGUUUAUAGAUAUUUAUCCAAAUUCUAUAGUUUGUAAUAUAAAAAUUAGCCCUAUAAAGUAUUACUAGUGGAGGUUAAAGUUCUUCUCAAUAUAAAAUUUGUAAUAAAGUAAAUUAGUAUUGUACCCACUUUCAUUAUUUUCAGUUUAUUGUCUGUAAUUAAUUUUUGUUUUAAUUUUUAAAUAGAUAGUGUCUAAUUUUACCUAUAUAUAUCUGUCCCAGUCAAUAAAUUAGAAGCCAUUAUAAUACUAAUUAAAUGUAAGUGGCUAUCAAAUCGUAUAUUUUAUAUAUUAUAGAAAAACUGUAUUUUAAUAUCUAGAUGUUUUAUUUUAGUUGGAUAACUGACAAUGUACCUUUGGAUACCUACAAAUCCGAACUUAGAGAAGUAUUAUAAAUGAAAUUGUACGUAACUUACUUAUAAAAGAUGAUGAC